AUGCGCUCCGUCGUAGCCCUCGCGGUUUUAGCCCUUAGCGGCGCCCUUGAUAUCGUUGCUGCAAGCCACUGCAAACCUCGCCCUCAGAGCUCCGCUUCAACCGAUCUCAUCCCCUCCGACACCGCGACUUCAGCCUCUGCUUCCGAGACCGCUGGAUCAAUCGUCAUCAAGAGUGUCAUCGACGGCGGCGGUUUCUCCAUCGCCCCUCCCGAAGGCGGCGUCCCAGGCUUCACAAUCGACGGCGAUGCAACCAUCGUUAUUGGACCAGGCUACAAGGGCGACGGAAGUAAAGACUCAGGCUGUCUUUCCCUACAAGCUAGUGGUGAUAAAAAGCGUGAUCUCGGAAGCUUUGCUGGUGUUGCGCAGUCGCUUGAUCAACUAAGCUUGACUAGACCAUACACCGUUCGCUUCUUUUACUUGGUCGUCACCGCCCCGUCGCUGAAUUUCUGCCAAUUGACUGCUUCGCUUGGUAGCCAGAAUUUCUUCCAGACUUGGAUCAUUAGCUUUGGGACGAGUGUGCAGUGGGGUGUGGCUUUGGAGCAGGUCACUGCUGCUCAGCGCUCUGCACCGCUGUCUAUUUCUAUGAAUUGUUUUGUUGGAGGGUCUGCUCAGGUUUAUGUUGAUUCGCUUUUCAUGUCUAACCAGGUUACGCCUGCGACUAUUGAUGACCAUCCUCUUGACCUUGGUGAUGGCGAUGUUUCUGGGUUCACUACUACUUCGUCUUCCGCUAUUCAGGCGCCUACGUCUAGCAAGGUUGGAACUACCUCUGUGCCUCCCAUCAUUCCGACCCAUACUGAGAGCCCUGAUGCGUCCUCAAACUCUGCUGGAACUGGAAGUCCCAACACCCAAUCCACAGGCAAUCAGACACCAGCUACUGGCCACCCUCACACUGUUCCUACUCCCAACAACACGCCCGGUCCCGUCGACAGUCAGACCUCCGCCGGAGGCAACACCCAAGCUACUUCCCAGCCUGGUACUCAAACCCCUGGCUCUCAAACACCCGCUGCCCAGACUACUACAUCGAGCACCGAGAAGCAGACCAGCACUGAAUCUGCGGCUACAAGCGCUACUACAUCAAGCGGCGGCUCUUCCCCUCGCCAAUCUUCCACAAUCAAGCCCGAUGGUCCCGUCAGCCGCAUCUGCGCCAACGUAGGUACAUCCUCCAUAGCCGGUCGCGGAUGCGGCAUGCAGCCCUACAACAGCGCCGGAGCAUACAGUCGCUUCACAAGCAGCAACUACCAAAAAGAAGACUGCGCAGCCCUCUGUCUCGCCGAUGAGAACUGCAAGUCCUUCGAAUGGAGCUACGGAAACAAUUGUGCCAACGAAUGCCGCCUCAUCGCUUCAGUCUUGAGCGACGUCCCUGUUGGUAACACAGGUGCCCAGUUCUACUCCUAUGAUCGCAGCUGUAUUAUCCCGAUACCCUGUCCUAGCUUCCCAGAUGAUAGUAUCUGUAUCAACAAAAUGGGCGAUACUCCUAACAAGGGCUGUGUCCGUCGUAAGGGAACGCUCAAGUCUUGUGCUCAGGAAUUCGCGACUCUUACCGUUCAGCCUUGCGGUGGUGGUGAUCAGUGCAGAGAUAUGUGUGCCAUGUACGCUGAUUGCCAGUCCUACUUUUACACCAAUCUCCUGUCUCAGAGGAACUGUAAGCUGUAUGCUGGUACUGUCGAUGAGAUCACUGAAGAGGGUGGUAGGGAUUAUUUCUCUGAUAUUGGCUGCUGGGCUUGUGGACAGAACAUGGGUUUCGCUACUUAUGGUCUUCUCACCAAUGAUAACGUUGUCGUGCCGGAGAUGACAUGUCGAGCUCCUGUCAAGGCUGUCACUGAUACACCUACCACCUUCAACACGAGAACCACUCAAGCCGCAGAGUCUACUUCUUCUUCAGCCGCCGUCCAACAACCCCCAACCACCACCACAGAAUCAGCCAGCUCUACAGCUACCAUGAUGACCUGCCCCAACGGCAUCGCGCCUCCCGGCUUCUGUCAAAAGCUCGACAACCUCCCCACCCAAACCGUUUCCCUCCCCGGUAUUCUUGACCACUGGCCCCAGAGCGACAAUGACGUCGAGCCCCCCGUCCAACGAACCUGCAACGCCUUCGGUGUCAAGAAGGGCGGCUGGUGGGGACGUGGUGUCCAAGAGAACGCACGUCAGACCACCAUGGAGGAUUGUGCCCUUCUAUGUCGUGAGCAGGGUUACUGCGAGGCCUUUGGUCUUGAUAACAGCGACCCAACUCGCGUUAGCUGUGCUUUGUCGACUUACAAGCUUGGUACUGAGGGUAUUGACAUCGACGUUCCUUAUUCUUUCUGGUGGAGUGACCUGGAUUGUUAUGAGUGCCAGGACUGUCAGGCCGCUUGA